UUGUCUCAAUUUAAUACAAAUUCUACAUUUAAAGAAAAAAGAUUAAGUAAAAUUAUUUUUAAUAAGAAAAGUGAAUCAAGUAUAAAAACUUCUUCCUUUGUUAAUCCAGUAGAGCAACAAGUUGAUUAUAAACGUGGAUGGUUAAUGAAAAAAUCUCUUUAUGAUGUUGAUGGAAAAAGAACGCCUAUUGGUCGAAGAAAAUGGCAAAUGUUAUAUGCUACAAUUAGAGGAAUGGUUCCAAAAGAUUAUACAAAAAAGAAGAAUGUUUUUCGUCUAAAAACUGCUAAUUUUGGUGAAUUUCUUUUUCAAACAAGUGAUUCAACUGAAGUUGAAAAGUGGAUUGAUGCAAUAAAUUAUGUUGCUGCUGCUUUUUCUGCUCCUGUUUUACCAACUCCAGUUGGUGCUAACAAAACCUUCAUCUUUUGUAAACCAAAAUAUUCUUCAACACCGACUCAUUUAUCUUUGGUAGACCAAUUACAUGCUCAUGAACAAAGAUUAGAAGAAACAAAAGAAAGUUUAACAAAUCUUCAACAAUGUGCUCCUCCUAUCAAAUCGAAAGGAAAACUAGUUUAUGACUAUUUUUAUAAAGAACGUUUUUUGGACAGUGAGAAAGAAAGAUAUAUUUGUUAUAUAAAUGUUUUAAGAGAAAAAUUAAAUGCUGGCACAAAAGUAAUUAAUAAUUGUGACACAAAUUCACAAACAUUUAAUGCCAAAAAGGAGAAUUCGACAGCAACUUUUGUUUUUUAAAUUAGAUAGAGGUAAUUUGAAUAGGUUAAUUAAAUUUGUAGAGAUUUUGUU